AUGCUUAAGACGCUUACAGUGGAUAACUCCGAGUCUCACACCGUGCUUCCCAACCUGACACCCGGGGUCACCUAUGAGGUCACUGUCUGUCCAACCUACAUAAGAUCACAGCUGGAGGUCAGUACGAGCUGCGGGUGGACCUGAGAGACAAGGGUGAAGCAGCCUACGCUCAGUACGACAAGUUCUCUGUGUCUGAACCUCGAACCCGCUACAAGGUCCAUGUAGGAGGAUACAGUGGAACAGCAGGCGACUCCAUGACCUACCACCACGGCCGUCCAUUCUCCACCUACGACCAUGACAAUGACAUUGCUGUCACCAACUGUGCCCUGUCCUAUAAGGGGGCCUUCUGGUAUAAAAACUGUCACCGUGUCAACCUCAUGGGACGAUAUGGAGAUAACAGCCACAGCAAGGGUGUGAACUGGUUCCACUGGAAAGGCCAUGAGCACUCGAUUGAGUUUGCGGAUAUGAAGAUCAGGCCCUCCAACUUCAGGAACCUGGAGGGGAGGAGGAAACGAUCAUAAAUGACCAACCACUAACAACAACAUCGUUACUUCUCUGUCUUGACUCCCCCCCCCAAAAAACCAUCUUGAAUACACACAUGCAACCCAUCCAUCCACCCAGCAGCAACCAAAGCCACUGCCAAGAGCCCUGCUGUUUCCUCACAAAACCAGAUUUCCUCCCAUUUGCUCAGAGAUCCACCAUGACUCCAUGACACCUGCGGUUGUGGAAAUUGUGCAUGUUACAAACUGGAAUUCAAUUCAAUCCCACGCAGAUUCAACUCACGCACCAAAGAGAGCAGAAACAACUCCACCUCACCUGAUUCGGGUCCUCUCUCUCAUGUUGCAGCAUUUGUGGGCAGGCGUGAGUGCAGCUCGGGUAUUUUUUUCUAUACAGUUAAGCAUGUCACAUCCAAGCCACGUUUGGGGUAUUUCAGAGAGGCUGUUUAUGGCACAAUGUGGUCUUGUUUAGGUUCAGGGUGUCUUUGCUAAAACUGAUAACAGAGUGAUAAUUUAGAAGGAUUAUCACUUUGUUCCGUGUACAGUCCGGUACAUGUAUGCAUCUGAUUUAAACAUUCGAAAAAGGGAUAUUCCUCAGAUGGCAGUAUUCAGAUGUCAGAUAUCUCCAUCUAACUUGCCAUUUGUUUGUCUUUGUGCGACUUCACUUGUGUCAGUGUCACUUUAUCCUCCCCUGGUUCCUUCAUCUCCCUCAACACAAGCCAACAUCUGAAGUGAUAAGAGAUGCAAGUGUAAAGAGGAUAAAAAAAUCUAUAUCAAAGUAUUUUACUGGCCACAUCCCAUGUCUACCUGGACGGCAAUGUAUCGAUUCAUGCUACAGCCACAGUGCUGUGUUUAAAAAAACCCGAAAGAACCGAGAAAAAGAAAAGCAGAGGUGUUUUCAAUUUGUUCGUUUCUCUCAUGAAUCCGAAGGCAGGACCUAUUAUUGAGUAUGUAAUGAAACGCGGUGAUUACGUUGUUCUUUCUUUUGUUUUUGCAAAAUGUGAAUACAGUACAUACUGUAUAUGUGCAACAAGAGAAUGUUAUGUGUUGUUCACACAAAAUAUGUUGAUGCUCAAAACAUGAAAAAAGGCCAACUUGAAUUCCAGUUGAAAUGGUUAAAUCUCUAUGCUUAUGUUGAUAUAAAUAGUGUUUGAACAGGCCCAAACUAGAGAACUAGUUACUGUUUCUACCCCCCCCCCCCCCCACCCCCACCUACCCCCUGCCCCCUUCCCCCAUCCCCUGCUAUGGCAGGAUACUAAACCACUGACCUUCUAAAGAAUGCCUGUGUAAAUUAAGUCGGUUUUUAUUGUUUUGUUUGUUUAUAACUGGAUGAACAAGUGUUUCUCUGUAAGCUGUAUUACAAUAAACAGUUUGUUUAAAAAGGAA